AUGAUAACGGCCCUGCGGAAGAAAUUCGCAGGCCCGCCCAGUCCAAAUCCGCAGGGCACAAGGACGAAACCGGGUAUAAAUGUGGUCAAGACCGAUCUGCAACGCCGAUACGCAAAUGGCGUCAAUUUUAACAGUAAGUGGUUUGAAUUUGUCUUUUUUGAGUUUAGAGUCUAAAAAGUUACGGUAUCAACCAAAAAAUAUUUUAGUGAAAGUGGUGAUCCGAGGAGAUCGAAAUGUCGGGAAGACGUGUUUAUUCAAGAGACUCCAGGGCCAACCAUUCAGCGAAGAAUACAUUCCAACAGAUGAGAUUCAAGUAUCGAAUAUCACUUGGAAUUAUCGAUGCUCAGACUUUAUUGUAAAGGUUGAUGUUUGGGAUGUGGUGGAUGAAAGUCGGAGGAGAAAACCCCGAUCAAGCGGGCUGAAGUUAGACAAUGGGCCUGCAGAUCAUAAAGAAGCAAAUGGCGGACCUCAGGAUAUGGUGAGUUGUUCAUCUUGGUCACUUUUUAUAUUAUCCAUGACAAAAUUGCCUAAAAAAAUAAAAAUUAUUUUCUGGUAAGAUAGAAAUCUAUAUCAAAAAAUUUCAGAUGGUAUGCGAUGCUGCGUUCCUUGAUGUAUAUAAAAAUUGCAAUGGAGUGUUAUUAAUGUUCGACAUCACCAAGUCCUGGACCUUUAAAUACGUCAAGGAAGAGCUGGAAAGGAUCCCAGCACAUCUUCCAGUCCUCGUCUUGGCCAACAAGAUUGAUUUAGCAGGGAAAAGAGAGGUCACCGAAGACGAGAUUGUAUCAUUCUUCCGGAAUUUCAAAAGGAAACAACCUCUGGCAGGGAAAUUGAAAGCACCGGUUCGGCUGGUGCAAUCCUCCAUGAUGAAUGCAAAUGGAUUGAAAUACCUCUACAACUUUUUGAACAUCCCAUUUUUAUUUGUGCAGGUAGGUGAAAAAAGGGAUUACGGAGUUGUGAAAACUUAAGUUUUGCUGAAAUAGAGAGUAGAAUUUCAAUUUUUUAUGUUAUACAUGACAUCAACAGGUGCAGCCUUAAAAAAAUCUUUCAAAAAAGUUUUUUUUUCAGCGAGAACAACUAGAAAACGCCCUGGAGGCGAAUAAAGAUGAUAUUAAUGUUGCUUUGCUCGAGUUGGAUCAGUUCCAAUCCGCAUCAAAUUCACCUUCCCAUCAGCAGACACCACUCGUACCAAAACAAGAACUGGAUGAGAGAGAAGUGGAUUCCACUCCAGAAUUUCGACGAAAAAAGUCUAUUAGCAGUGCCUCAGGGUGAGAAAUUUUAAUUAUUUUGUAUUUUGUGAAGUUUUAGGGAUAAAAACGUUAAAUUUUAUGCAUUUUUGAGGAUUGUGGAUAAAACGUAAAAGUUUCGUGUUUUAGCGAUGAUAAUAAGAUGGUCGACAUGUUUGAAGAGGAUUUCCAGUCGGGUGAUGAGGAUUUCCCGCAGGUCCCGAUGGAUUUCACGCAAAAAAUUGAAGUUCCCGAAUUAAAAUUGGAAUUCAAUGAGGAAUUGGUGAAAAAGGAAGAGGAAAACCUCAGAAGUGGCCUGAAUGAGUGGCUGGAGGAACAAGAAAGAAGAACUGAGCAGAAAUCUGGAGAAAAGAAUGGACAGGAGAGCUCGGACGAAGAUGGAAAUCCGUUGGUAACACAAAUUGAUGUUGAUUCUGAUGAAAGUGAAGAGGAUGUGAUCAUUGAACGGAUGAAAGCCGUGUUUAAAGUUGAGGAGAGGCAUGAAGAAGUUGUCGAAUGCAAAACGGUAAGUUUGGGAAAACUAAAAUAUGGAUUUUUUAAAAUUUUUUGAAAAUUUUUUUAUAUUGUACUGGAUUUUUGAUUAAAAAAUUUUUUAUUUUUAUAUCCUGUGUUCAUUGCAGAAGCCCAAAUCCCCUUCAAUACCAAAGACCCUCGAUGAUUUCUUUGACGAUAGCCCCGAAUCCAGCAGUUAUGCUACGGUAACAUCGGCCGAAGACCCAUCGGAGCCAAGAAAACAAAAGAAAAAUAAGAAAUCAACGACAAAAACCAAAAAAUCAAAGGAAAAGAGGAAUGACAUGCUGGUGGAAGAUGAUCCCGAUGAUUUGGGCCUAGGAGAUUAUGAGGCUUUAUAG